CAACAUGCAUAACAAACAUCCAAAGAAAAUCACAACAACUCAACCUCAUCCUUCAGUGGAAGAUAAUUGAUUAUUGAUCCAUGGCGGCAGCAACAUUAACAAUGAUACUAAUGGCGGCAUGCAUAGUGUAUAGUACAGCUUCCUCCAGGCCUCGCAUGGUGGGUGGCAAAACAGAGAUCAGAAACGUGAGGACAAACGAGGAGGUACAGGAGCUGGGAAGAUUCGCGGUGGAGGAGUUUAACCGGAGUGUGAAAGUGCGGAAAGAAGGGGAAGGGGAGUUGAGGUUCGUGGAAGUGGUGGAGGCGCAGCAACAAGUGGUGGCGGGAAUCAAGUACUAUAUGAAGAUAUGGGUUACGCCGACGAAGAAUGAUGGUGCUGAGAGUGAGGAUCACGCGAUGGUGGAGUCAGUGGUGCUGGUUAAGCCAUGGCUUUCUUACAAACAUCUUCUACACUUUGCACCUUCUUCUCAAUGAUGAUUAAUGAUGAUGAACCUCUCUUGAUUAUUAGCAGUAGAAUAAUGUUAUGGCAUGUGAUGUACAUUAGCACUAGAAGUUUUACAACCUAUCAUGUACUAAAUUAAUUUUCAAGUAUGUUAUUACGAUCCACAUCAAUCAUUCUAAUCAAGUAAGUAUUUCAAAUAAUAAACAUUGUUUUCAUAUUAAA